CGUCGCCAUGGGGCCCCGUCGCCUCUUCGCCUACCUUCCUUUGUUACUUGGCACCCUCAUUUUCUUGCUACCUUCACUCUCCUUCGGGCAAGAGUGCAGUGCGACGAACCACUGCGCGACCGGAUGCUGUAGUGAAUUCGGCUUUUGCGGCACCACAGAAUCCCACUGUGGUGCCGGAUGCCAGAGCACCUGUGAUUUCAGGCUCGGCUGCGACGAGGACAACCCGUGCCAGGAUGGCACUUGCUGCUCCAAGUUUGGAUUCUGUGGCCUUGGCCCGGACUAUUGCAGUACGGAAAACUGCGUGGCGGGCUGUGAUGCCAAGAGCUACUGCGACCCAGGAGGUUUUGGCCCGGCACAUUCCGAGGUUGCCCACUGCCCCCUGAAUGUCUGCUGCUCCAAAUGGGGAUGGUGUGGCGUGACGGAGGAAUUCUGUGGCACCCAAACGAUCCAGCGACCAUCAUGCGCAAUCAACAACCAGCAGCCCAUGCAGAGGGUCGUCGGAUACUAUGAAGGCUGGGCGCCAGGCCGACCUUGCGACAAGUUCCAACCCGAAGAUAUCCCCCCUGGCGUCUACACCCAUCUCAACUUUGCCUUUGCGAGUAUUGAUCCUGUCACCUUCAAGGUCGUGCCGGUUGCAGCUGGGGAUCCAGAUCUCUAUGUUCGCCUGACAAACCUGAAGAGGACCGACCCCGCACUCAAGGUCUUCAUCGCAAUAGGCGGCUGGACAUUCAACGACCCUGGCCCAACGGCCACGACCUUCUCGGACAUUGCUCGGUCAGAGGCGAACCAGAGAGUUUUCAUCUCCUCUCUCAUCUCUUUCAUGAACACGUACGACUUUGACGGAGUGGACAUUGACUGGGAGUACCCAGAGGCUGAGGAUCGAAGCGGUCGUGGUGAAGAUUUUGGAAACUUUCCUAUCUUUAUGCGAAACCUCAAGAAUGCCCUUGCGCAGAAUGGCGCGAGAAACGGGUUGAGCAUCACAAUCCCUGCGUCUUACUGGUACCUCCAGCAUUUCGACAUCAAGAAGCUUGCCGACAGCGUCGAUUUCUUCAGCCUUAUGAGCUAUGAUUUGCAUGGAACUUGGGAUUCCCCCACUUCGUGGCUCGGAAAUCAUCUCAACUCUCAUACCAACCUCACCGAGAUUAAGGAUGCCCUUGAUCUGUUGUGGAGGAACGACAUCAACCCAGACCAGGUCGUGCUAGGUCUUGCGUUUUACACGCGUACCUUCACAGCCUCGGAUCCCAACUGCAUGGAGCCGGGCUGCCUGUUCGACUCGGGUAGCCCCGCGGGCCGCUGUUCCGGCCAGGUCGGCGUCCUCACCAACUCCGAAGUGCUGGAUUUAGUGGAGAGGAGGCGCGUCACCCCGACGCUGGAGCCGAGUGCCGCGGUCAAGAUUUUCUCGACUGGCCGUGACUGGAUCACAUACGACGACGGAGACUCAUGGGCGCUCAAGGUCGACUUUGCGAGGAGCCAGUGCCUCGGGGGCGUCAUGGUGUGGGCCGUGAGCCAGGACCGUCUCGAUGGCACAUUUUCCAAGCAACUGCAGACGGUGACGAAACACGCAUCCCGCUCGGUCACGACUUGGACCGACCCGUUCCGCGCGGGGGUGGUGAUCGCGGGGCCGAGCGACUUGAUACCGCGAGACCAGUGUCGGUGGACCAACUGCGGCGACGGAUGCCCGAGAGGGUGGAAGGCCAUUGUCCGGGUGGACAAGAACCGUAACCGUGACGACGAAGUCAUGCUCGACGGCACCGGAUGCCCCACCGGCAUUGCAGGGCGGAGAUUCUGCGGCAAAUGCGACCCGCAGUGCCCCAGCGGCCAGUCGGAGAUCGCCUCUUUGGGCGUGGCAUGCAACAACGGGAAGACACAAGUGGCCUGCUGUGAGACGGGAGAGGACCCGAAUCACCCGGACGACCAGACUAAAUUGAUCGAGUCGAUGCAAGUCUGGGCCAAGUGCAGGUGGUACGGCAAGGAGCCCGACUGCACUCUGGCCUCCCAGGAUGCCUGUGCCUGGGAUUCCAACCUCCCGGACCUAUUGAUACCGUAUGGGGCAACCCGGGGCAGCGGAGCGCAGCAUUGCCCUGGGAAUCGGCCAUAUUGCUGCGACACAAUCGACAGGGCCGCAUGGGACGGCUGUGGCUGGUACGCGGGCUACGGCCCCUGGUCUGUAUUUGACGAGCCUGGCACCUGCAGAAGCGGCUGUCCCGACAACAAGGUCAAGGUCACCGUGUCAGACUUUGGCCAGCCGUUCUGCCCAAUUGGCGAGUGGCAGGCAUACUGCUGCUACGCUCGCUACGAAACGCCGGCUAGAAAUAGAGCGUUCAGGAGUGCCCCGCCUGCGGCAGAGAGGGUGCUGACCGAUGUGCUGCGGUACUCUCCUGGCUCUGAGCUCGGCCAGGCGAAGCGUGAGAUGUGGGACGAACAAAUUCUGGGAAACUGGCCGCAUCUGGACGGAGGCGCGCUUUCUCACACGUGGGGUCCGACCCGGAUGGUGCUCAGGAAAAUGGACAACGCAGCACGGUCAACCCUGUGCGACAUCGAAGAAUACGAAGACAUGGCAAGGGGAGGGGAGCUGGUCCUGUCUCGGAUGUAUUGUAACAUCAACACGGUGGGCAUGAUGGAUCCAACCCUCCUGGGCGACCCGGAUGACGGCGGCACAGACGAUGGCGAGGACUGGGCUGCGGUGUUGAUCGACGAUAUACUCCACCCUUUCCCAGGCGUCGUAUUCGCCCGCGAUGGCGGGCGGCGGAAGUUCAAGAUCAUAUGCGGACAGGGCUGCGAUUUCUAUAUCUUCUCGGAGCCCUACGUGAACGGAGCAGAUGGCAACAACUUGGCAGCCGCAAACGGGGAUAAUCGCCGCUUCUUUGUCAGCAACGGCAACGCUUGUGGUUACGGAGAUAUAGACGAGGAGGGGGACGACGAUGACGGACGGUGGGUUUCCGAACAUAUUCUUGAACUACAGACCAUCCGGGAUUUCAUGCAGUUUACGAUUGUCGGGCACUUACCUGCCGUCAAGCUGCCUUCGGGCCUCGGGCUUCUGGAUUCCAUGUGGGACCCCAACGUGCAAAUCGAGUCUCAUAUCUGGAGGAACCAGUUCGUUCAUGGGUUUGACGAGUGGUGGGACCGUUUUCCUAGCGCAUCGCCGAUGGAGAAAAUGUUCAAGGCCCUGGGCUCCAAAGACAAUCCCCAUGAUAUGGUGAACUGUGAGGAGAAGCUAAAUGGCAUGAAGGCCAGGAUUUGGGGUUUGAAAGAGCACAUGGCCAUUGGCAAAUGGAGAGCAGUCCUGAAACCAAACCUGGAGGCGGCAGGCGUGGCUGGUGCCACCUUUGAUCUGAUAUUUGGCGUUUGGAAGUACCUAAGGCACGACGGCAUCAAAAACAACCUAAUACACACUCACGUCGCUGUCGCUGACGUGCUGGCCGACUUUGAAGCUGCCUACAUCCAGGAUGUGUGGACGAACACUGGCCGCCGACCACGGGACCUGAAUAUUGCUGCUUGGCACUGGCGGGAUUUCAUGGCGCUUCAUGUGGAUCGUAUGGUUGACUUCAGCAAAGCCUGGAUGGCAGUUCGUACAAAAGAGCUGGUCGAAUUGUGGACCAACCGCAUCAUUGACCUGACCAGCAAUGCCAAGCUGGGACAGCCGCGGGCGCAGGACAUUGUUGACGCGCAAACAGCACUCGAUAAAUUCCUGCAGUAUCGGUCUCAGGUGGACAUUCUGAUUCAUUUCGACCACAACCUCUUCCAAGAAAACUAAGCUCAUGCAUAUUUGGGUCAACAUGUGUGCUUCUUGGAGGCGGUUCAAUUUAAUC